GCGCAGAGGAGGCGCGCGAAGGCUGAACGCCCCGCAUCCCGACAGACCCCAGAUCGCAGGAGACGAGCCGGCGCCGAGGGGCGUCCGCGGGCCAGGCGGUGCGGGACGCGUGCGGUCCGAGGGCAGAUCGGGGGUCUCACGUGCCCCUGUCCGCAGCCGCCCGCGAUGAGCGAGGCGAGCCGGGUGUGCUCGGGCUACUACAGCCUCAACCACAGCUUCGUGGAGCCCUUCGAGUGUCCCCGGAGCGGCGAGGGGGCCGCCCUCCUCUACUGCUGCGGCUUCGCCGACCUCAAGUACUGCUGCAGCGAGCCGGGCAGCUACUUCCCCUACAAGCACAGCUAUAUGUGGAGCCUCAGCAUCGGUGCCCUGGUUGGCCUGGGAACUGCUGCCCUUGUUCUACUUGCCUUUGUCAUCAGCGUCUGUGUCCUUUGCUACUUAUUUCUGUAUACAAAGCCCCGAAGAUUAGACACUGGCCUUAAACUUCAACACCUAGAGGCUUCUACCACUCAAGAAGGCAACCCAAACAGGAAAGCCAAUGCCCCCAAUUCAAAUGCAGCAUCAAAUUCGACAAUGGAAACAUCCUAUGAAGCUGAUGACAUGAAUCAAGAGCCACCGAUGGAGACGACACAAAUCAGCACUGUGUAUUAUUAAAAAGCCUGUGCUGUAAAAGCUCACUGGAGGGACAGAGCAAAUAAAAAU